AAUGAAGAAACUAAUUAUGAUAGAAGAUUUUUCCCAUUUCCAACUUGAUUUUUUUUUUUUUCAUUUUUGGAGUCUCUGAGUCUGUGACUAAACCAAACCCCAAUCGUUCACACACUUUCUCUACUUUUUCCAACAGAAGAUAAUAAAGAGAGAAGACAGCACACACACACACACAAAUAACUUCACCUUUUGAUUUAUUGUCAGAAGACCUUUUUCACUAAUUUCUUUCAAACUCAAAUUCUCAAAGAAAACUUUUAUUUAAACCAAAAGAGAGCAGAGAGAUCUCUCACCGUUGAACUUCAAACAGUACUUGACUUUGUUGUUGGUGGUACUAACAAUCUCUCUGCAACACAACACAUGCUCUCUUUACACAUUCAUUGAUCACCAACUCCCUCUGCUCUCCUUCUCUCUCUCUCUCUCUCUCUCUCUCUCUCUCUCUUCUCUGUUCUGAAUCUUUGGCUAAAGAAUCUCCCAAGAAAGCAACACACACACACACACCAACCAUGACUUGUAUACUAAGUUGUUCUCAUGGCGUAGUGAUCGCAACCGCCAUGGUUUUCUCAAGCACUGCUCUGUUUCUUGCUAUUUCCCGCCAAUUCUCGUCAGGUACUCAGACAUCAGAUCAACAAAUCCUCCUCCGUUCUUGUCUUUCUUCAGAGAAGAAGAAACAGAGGAAGAAGAAGAAGAAAGUGAAAUUUGCAGAGAAUGUGAGAGAGCCGAAAGGUAACGGUGAAGAGUAUCGUAAGAAGAUGGAGCAACAUCUUAAGAGAAUUGUACCGGAACAGAUGAUUAAACCGGAGAAACCCGUUUCGGUUUGUAGAAACGACAUGCCUGCUAAUCGGAUAGCUUUGUACAAUGGGAUUCUCAGGGACAGAGCUCAUCGUGUUCAGUGCUCCUAUUGAGCCCCCUUUUUUUUCUUUUACUUUUUUACCCCAACAAAAAAAAAAUGUAAGUAUAAUUAUUGUGAUUUAGCCAUAAUUAUAAUUAUUGUGAUUUCACCUAAAUUAUUAGCUUUUCGGAUGAUUCUUGUAUGUAAUUUUUCUAGUAGAAAAAUCAGCCAUGUAAUGAUUUAGGUGAUUUACAUUUGAAAUAGAGUUUUUAACGACAAA